CCCGCCUUGGGUGAAUUCAACUCCGGACCGUAAAUGCGUAGUUAAUUACUUCCUACCUCCUAAGUUACUUACACUUCGGAAGAUAGGUAUUCUCUAACUAACGACGGGCUAUUAAUUACACGGCUUACACGGCUUACACGGAGAUAAUUACAUGUCCCUUUCCUAUAUAUAUAUAUAAUUCCCCCUCCCCUCGCUGUCCAUAUAUAUUAUAGCUUUUUAUAUAGUUAAUCAUACUGAAUAGAAAGAAUAGUUAAGUCAUGGUUGAUGAAUAAUAGCACCGUCCAGCAACAAGCUUAAAAGCCCCCCCUACUUCAGUUUCAACCCUUCCCUCCAACUCCACCCUCCACCCUCCACCCACCAGCUUCCUCUCCGCCAUGCCUCCGAUAGCCGGCCAAACCCUCCUAGUCAUCGGCGGGACAUCCGGGAUCGGGGCCGCGGUAGCCAAGCUCGCCGCGGCCGAGGGUCUCGACGUCUCCGUCGCAUCGUCGAACCCGAGCCGGGUCCAAGCCGCCGUCGAGGCCAUCCGGGAUGCCGUCGUACCCGGCGCCCGCGCCCGCAUCCGCGGCUACGUGUGCGACGUGAACCACGACGACGCCGAGUCCAGCCUCGAGCAGCUGCUCUCCGACGUGACCAACGCCAACGGGCGUCCCCUCGACCACGUCGUGUACACGGCCGUCGCGCUGGACGACGUGCGUCCCGUCGCCGACGUGAACAUGAAGUACCUGCGCGACAGCAUGCAGUUCGGCUACGUAGCGCCGCUGCUCAUCGCCAAGCUAGCCCCGCGCUACGUGAACCAGAGCUACAAGUCGUCGCUGACCUUCACGAGCGGCCGCGUUGCCGAGCGACCUGUCAAGGGUAUGACGGUCGCCUCGGGCUGGGGUGCGUCGCUCUUUGGCACCACGCGCGGUCUCGCGCUCGACCUCGCGCCCGUGCGUGUGAACCUCGUGAGUCCUGGUGCUACUGACACCAAGAGCGGCGAGGAAUGGGCUCGGUGGGUGGACAUGAUGGCCAAGACUUCCUUGCUCGGAAAAAUCGGGACUCCCGAGGAGGUCGCAGAGGCGUACAUCUAUUUGAUGAAGGACACUAACAGCACGGGAAGCUGUGUAAGUACAAACGGAGGCAUCUUAGUUCAGUAGAAUAACAACUGGUAUCGAAUGCCUGAAAGGCCGGAGUGGUAUGUAUCGGUUAGGUAGUCUAAGAUAUACCAAUUAGAAAUGAGAAUUACAAGUAGGUCGAAUUAUUGUUAUGCUAUUGGC